UAAAUUCCCAGUUUUUGUAUAAAUUGCAGAGUGAAGCUGCUAAAAGGCAUCAAACAAUUUCCAGUCUUCAAGCUGUAAACAAAUCAACAAACAAAACAAAAUGUUUAAAUUCGCCGUUGUUAUCUUCGCCGUCAUCGCUUGCGCCGCUGCCAAGCCUGGAGUUCUUCUGAGCCAGCCAUUGGCUUAUGCUGCUCCAGCUGCCGUUGUUGCUGCUCCUGCUCCAUAUGUGACUGCAACCAGCAGCCAAGUGAUUGCCCGCAACUACAAUGGAAUCGCAGCUGCUCCAGUGAUUGCUCCAGUAGCUACUCCGUUGGCUGCUCCAGUCAUUGCCAAGUACGCUGCUGCUCCUCUGGCUUACAGCUCUCCAUUGGCUGCUCCUCUUGCGUACAGCUCUCCCUUGACUGCCCCUUUGGCGUAUUCCGCUCACCACGUUGCUGCCCCAGUUCUGUUGUAAGAACUUGUGAUCAAACUGAAAAAUAAAA